AGCAAGGCGGCGCUAAGGACGAAAUCUAGCACAAGGCUUUUGCCUUGUUACCCACGUGUUUGAUGGGACUGAUUUCAAUAGAAUGUCCACAGUUGAGUGGGCCUCAACCUCUACAUUAUGCACGCGUGCAGCCGCUUCCUGUUAGGUAAGCCUAUACGCGUGAUAAUUUGAAAUUUUUGUCAUAGUCUACUGGUAAAUUUUAUCACGGAGGAAUAAUAAGAAGAAGAGGAGGAGGAAGUAUACUGUAGCACUUCACCAAUUGGCUACACGCAUCGUUUACCGAGCCAGCGGUUUGGAUUAGAUUGGAUUGGAUCAAAUGGGUGCUUUAUAGAUUUACAGGUGGAGUAUAGAAAGUCAUGGGGUUUGAAUAGAGAGAGAGAGAGAUAAAGCUUAACAAAGCGUGUUUGGACUGAGAUAUGAAGGAUAGCCGCCAGGUACUCAUGGUGUUGCCCAUUUUCUUAGGUGUCAGUUGAUUAGAUCGUCCACGUCAUAAGGCGGUGCUUACGCAGAAAUUUCCUCUCGUGGACUGGCAUUGGGGAUUGGUGCUUAUAUAGGUUUGAGGGGGCAAUUGUAACCAAAUUUUUCUCAGAGGGAAAGCUCAUAGCUUGGAGGGUUGAGGAAUUUAGAGAAGAACUAGGAUAUUUUUUUGGAGGGCUUGGUUUGAGAUUGUUAUAGAUGUUUGGGUGAUUGGGUGUGACUUUUUUUUGGGGAUUGAUCUAUUGUUUAAAGGUUGGGGUCUUUGCUGGGGAUGGUGAGUUUAGAUUGGUGAUUCAAGUUUGAAGUUUGAGAUUGUGGUUGUUCUUUGCUGGAGAAAGGUGAGCUGGGAUUGCUGGUUCUUGGUGGGGAGGUUUUAGAGAAUCAGGUUUGAAGUUGGAGAGAUUGAGUCUCUAGACAAUCCAGUUUCAGAUUGUACUUGUUCUUUUUUGAGAAGGCAAGAUAAGAGUGAGAUUCUAGACAAUCCUGUUUGAGAUUGUAGGUGUUCUUUGUUGGAGGAGAGAUAAAGAUUGAGAGUCUCUAGACAAUCGAGUGUGAGAUUGCAGGUCCCUUUUUUUUUUGGAAAAGGCGAGAUAAAAUUGAGAGUCUCUAGAUUAUCCAGUUUGAGAUUGUAGGUGUUCUUUGCUGAGAAGGUGAGAUAAGAUUGAGAGUCUGUGUACAAUCUAGUUUGAGAUUUUAGGUGUUCUUUGUGUUGGAGCAGGCAAGAUAAGAUUGAGUCUCUAAAUUAUCCAGUUUGAGAUUGUAGGUGUUCUUUGUGUUGGAGCAGGCGAGAUAAGAUUAAGAGUCUCUACAUUAUCCAGUUUGAGAUUGUAGAUGUUUUUUGUGGGAGAAGGUGAGACAAGACUGAGAGUCUCUAGACAAUCCAGUUUGAAGUUCGGGAUUGAGGGUGUUCUUUGCUGGAGUGGGUGAGUUAGGAUUACAGAUUCUUAGUGGAGAUUAUAGAGAAUUGAGCUUGAAGUUUGAAAUUGUGGGUGGAGAAGGUGAGUAAAGAUUAGUGAGUCUUGUACUUUGAAUAUUGGAGAAGAGAUUUUAGGAUUAGCAAUUCUUGUUGGAGAAUUUAUAGACAACUGGUUUAGAAACAGAUUGAUUGGAGUGUUGAGAGAGGAAGGAAUUCUUUUGUUUGGAAAUUCUUUGAAUUCCUUUCGGUUGUUUCAUGAUAACAGUGAUGGGGAGAGAAGGGGCACCAGGACAACUUUAUCUUCCACCUGGUUUCAGGUUUUACCCUACUGAUGAAGAAUUGGUGGUUGAGUACUUGUGCAAGAAGACUGCAGGCCAUCCUUUUGCUGUGCCUAUUAUUGCAGAGGUGGAUCUUUACAAGCUUGAUCCUUGGGAUCUUCCAGAUAAGGCGCUGUUUGGAGAGAAAGAAUGGUACUUCUUCAGUCCUAGAGACAGGAAAUAUCCCAAUGGAUCUCGACCCAACAGGGCUGCUGGAACAGGCUACUGGAAGGCCACUGGCACUGAUAAGCCCAUUUACAGUAAUGGAGGAAGCCACAAGCAGCUAGUUGGGGUGAAGAAAGCUCUGGUUUUUUACAUUGGCAAAGCUCCAAAGGGAACCAAAACCAAUUGGAUAAUGCAUGAAUACCGUCUGGCAGAUGCAGGCGCUAGAGCUGCAAAGAGAAAAGGAAGCCUAAGGUUGGAUGAUUGGGUAUUGUGCCGGAUAUACAAGAAAUCCAUGGGAGCCCAGAAAGCAGCAGCCGCUGCAGCAGCAGCAGCAGCAAGAAAGGAAUGCAAUGAGUCAUCUUCUUGUUUGGAUGAGGUUUUAGCCUCUCUUCCAGAUAUUGACAACAAGCUCAUCAAUCUACCUCGUUUAAACUCCAUGAAUCUUUUCAUGGAGCAAAAGUCCUGCAAUGACAUUGAAGUCAAGGAUAUUGCAGAUAAUGUUAGCAGAUCUUGUGCUGGUCAGCCAUGGAGGAACACCACCACCACCAACACCACAACCACCACCACCACCGCCACCAAUAACAGAAACAAUUUAGUUAACUGCUUGAUGGAUUUUGGGCAGAAAGCAGAUCAGCAGUAUUCCAAUGGAGGCACAGAUGGGGUUGUAACAGAAGUAGCAUCUUCUAGAUGCAACUACACUUCCCCACUUGACAUACAAUUGAACAAUACUUCUAGAAGAAAUGGUAGCAUUAACUAUGACUUUGCAGCUGCUUUACAGUGUAGGCCUCCCAGGCCUGAAAGGCAGCCAUUGAUGCAUCAUCACCAUGACUCCCCAGAUGAAGAAGUUCAGAGCUCUUUUAGACUACACAACAGUGAAAUCAAUCCCAUUCAGCCUUCUCAGCCACCAUUAGGAUUUGGGUAUGAUACAAACCAGCUUCAAAAUUCAUUUAAUGCUUCUUCUCAGAUGGAUCCCAUGAAUAUGGUCUUUGAUAAUGCAUUCUUAGCAAGCUUGCAGGGCUCAAACUUUCUGCAGAAUCGACCACAGUAAAUUCCUAGUAGUAAUUCCCACCUUCCAUUAUAUGCAUCUUCUUCCCAAUGGGGAUCUGAAACUGGGGCAUAUAGGACUAAAGGGGCUAUAGUAGUUAAGUCAGGAGCUCUUCAAGAUGAUGAUAUAAAAGAUUGGGAAGAUUUAGUUGUGUACAUUGUACAAUAUUUACUGUUCUACAGAAAUCAUUGUAUUGCUGUUUACAUCAGGAACUUAUUUCGUUAUUAGUCUUGCAUUUAUUCAAGAAUUAAAAGCUGUUGUUCCUUGACAGACUCCAGGAAUUGUUUUAAUAAGGCUGUUCCUUCAUUUAUCAAAGUAUAUUUAUUGCAGUCGA